UUUACACGAUUAAAAAUGAAGAAGAAAAAUUGCCAUAAAUUUGCUGCUUUGGAGGUGCAGGUCAUCCAUAUAUAUGAGAGACAUUGCCUGCUGAUCCACAAGACAUCGUAUCUUGAAUCUUCACUGAAGAUGAAGUCUCCAAGAUAUGUGAUCUACCCACAGAAGGAACUGGACAAGGAGAGCAAAGCAGUCUUUAUCGCCAGAAACACUCAGGCCAAUUUGUGUUCCUCUUGUAUGAACCAACUGAGGUAUGGGAAGUGGCAUGGCAAAUGCACCUGCGGCAGGUACCGUUUCAUUGAUCCGAAGAGUUCAAAGAAGGCAUUUCCACCCAAAGAGCCAGGGCCAAUGGCGCCUAGUGUGCACCAGAAAGACACCAAAACAAACUUGUCCAGGCGUCCCAGAACUGGCCCUGCUCCAGCUAAAGCUGACUCAGUAACAACGAUCAUAUUAGACCUGGCUUCGGGUCCUAGCACUGGCCCGGCUCCAGAUAAACCACUUUCAGGAUUACUGACUAAACAAGAGGAUGAUGACGAAACAGACCUGCCCUGGCGUCCUAGCACUGGCCGAGCUCCAGAUAAAUCUGACUCAGGAUUACUGACUAAACAAGAGGAUGAUGACGAAACAGACCUGCCCUGGCGUCCUAGCACUGGCCGAGCUCCAGAUAAAUCUGACUCAGGAUUACUGACUAAACAAGAGGAUGAUGACAAAACAGACCUGCCCUGGCAUCCUAGCACUGGCCGAGCUCCAGCUAAAUAUGAUUCAGGAUUACUGACUAAACAAGAGGAUGACGACGAAACAGACCUGCCCUGGCGUCGUAGCACUGAAGAUACUCAGGCUAAACCUCGAUCGACUGUUUCCUCAUCUUCGUCUGCAGUGUCAAGAGCUCCAGUACCACUGUCGCCACUGGAUGAACGGAGACAGUUCCAGGCUCAAGAAGAAUAUGCAUCAGCGUCCAAAUGGUUCACCUUUCGAUGGUACUUCCAGCUAGUGAUUGAACUGUCGGCUCUGGGGAGGGACGCAGGGAAAAUGCUGUCGUGGUUUCUCAGGAAUGUGACCAGAAUUUGCCUGAGUGUGUUCUCCAAGAGUCUCUCUGUCCUCUUGCUCGUGAUCAUCGCUUGUGUCCUGUGGAUGCUGGUUUUGGGCUCAAAGAGACUGCCGUUUGGGAUUCUACGGGUCAACAUCAACGUUUGAGAGAGACGCACGCACACAUUAUUAUUUGACACGUUAGGAUAACCUCUUUACGUUAAAGGGAGGAGGAGAAAUUUAUUUUUCAACAAUAAAGCAAAUAAGGGAUCUUCCACUUUCUCCAAUAUUUAAGCAUUGUCUUUUGUUGCCUUAAACUUGAGGUUUCUUUUUUUUAAGAUUCUGUAGUAAAAAAAUAAACCUUUAGAUAGGAA